AUGAAAGGCGGCUUUGUCGUCGACGGGCCGCUCUUGGUCCUGGGUCGUGUGCUCCUCCUCCUCCUCCUCCUGCCGGUUGCUGUUUGGUUCGUGCUGGACGUAUCCCCGGUCCUCACGUACUCCGGCAGCAUAAUAACGGCCAGACAUCUUCCCCAGGCCCAAGCCUGUAGCAACUAUGCAAAGGGCAAGUGGGUAGCGGAUGCGAGGAGGCCGCUCUACUCCGGCAACGAGUGCAGGCGAUGGCUGUCACGAAUGUGGUCUUGCCGCAGGACGGAACGCACAGAUUUCUCGUACGAGAGCUACCGGUGGCAGCCGCAUGACUGCGAGAUGCCCGACUUCUCAGGGCCAAACUUUCUGCAACGGUACGUGCUCCAAUCAUCUGCGCCCUUCUCCAAUAGAUUUUGCCGCGAAGACUCGUCGAUCGUAAGUUGUAACAUAUCCAUGGCGAUGCCUAUCGUAAGUUGUAACAUAUCCAUGGCGAUGCCUGAUGACAGGAUGAGGAACAGAACUCUGGCAUUCGUGGGCGAUUCGCUGGGCAGAGAGCAGUUCCAGUCCAUGAUGUGCAUCGCGACAGGCGGCAAGCGCAGCCCCGAGGUUGAAGACGUUGGCCGGAGAUACGGCCUCGAAAAGGCCCCGUCGCCGUUCAGUCCGGGCGGCUCCGCCUACCGCUUCCCAGAGACCAACACCACCAUCCUCUUCUACUGGUCCGCCACCCUGUCCCAGCUGGAGCCUCUGACGGACGAGAGGAGGAGCUACGCGCUGCACCUCGACCGGCCGGCGCCGUUCCUGAAGGAGCACCUCCCCAGCUUCGACGCCCUGGUGCUCAACACCGGCCACCACUGGAACAAGGUGAAGUUCCGCAGGAACCGCUGGAGGCUGUACGACGGCGGGAAGCCGGUGGGGGAAGCGAACCUCAGCCGUGCGAGGGGCGCCAAGCUCCACAGCAUCGCCAGGUGGGCGGACGCGCAGCUCGCGCGGCACCCUCGGGUGAGCGUUUUCCUGAGGACCAUCUCGCCGGUGCAUUUCGUCGGCGGCGAGUGGGACACCGGGGGGAGGUGCGACAGCACCGUCCCCUUGUCCGGCGGCAGCGGGGUCUCGCGGGAUCGCUCGAGCGACCUGGCUGCGGAGCGCGCGGUGAACGGGACUCGGGUUAGGCUCCUGGAUGUCACCGCGAUCUCGCAGCUGCGCGGCGAGGGCCACAUCUCUAACCAUAGCACCAAAGUUCAGAGGGAGGUUUAUGAUUGUUUGCAUUGGUGCCUUCCGGGCAUACCGGAUACGUGGAAUGAGCUCCUUUUUGCACUGAUGCAGUAA